GGAACUGGGACUGGGAUUUGAGCCGUAAGUCAUAUUGGUCAUCGGUAUGGCAAGACAGUUGUCAUUGUCAACAAAUAUGGCGGACACGGGUUGUUAUGGCGGACAUGGAAGUGAACCGUAAUUUACUUUAUUUUGAACCAUUUUAAAAGAAUGAAGACCGACCAGGCAGCUGUGACUAAAUUAUUGCAACAGUGGGACCAUGGGUCGAAGAGUGUUCGAUCAAAGAUUCUGCAGGAUUUUAUCAAGUCAAACCAUGGUAAAACUGGACCAGAAUUGGAACUGGAGUUUGUCCAUGCAGCAAGCUUGUUUCUCACCCGUGUUACUGCCUGGCUACGCCUCACAUACAUGCUUGGAACAUGUGUUCAACUCCAGCUUCAGGCUAUCACCAUUUUUGUUGGAUCUUCAAGUGGGCAUAAAUUUCUAGCAGAAUUUUUAGAAGUUGGUGGUGUUCUCACUGUCUUAGAAAUUCUUGGUCUUAAGCAGGCAAAAGAGGAGGAUAAAGCCCAAGCAUUGAAGCUACUGAUGUGCGUGGCAAACUCUGGAAGAAGAUACAAAGAACUCAUUUGCGAAAGCUUUGGUAUCAGGGCUGUUGCAGAAUGCCUGGCAAAGUCUAAUUCCGAGGAGACACAAGACUGUGCCAGAAAUUUACUACAACAACUUUCAAAUGGAAACCCAAAGUAUGAGGGUCAAGUCUACAAGGCAUUGAUUGCUCUGUUAAAGUGUGUGUCCCCAAAGGCUCAACAGAUGGCUGCUCAGACUCUGAGAAUAGUACAGCCAAUAGUCGGAGCAGCCAACCCAACCAUUGUAGAACCAGUCUUGAUGCUGCUGAGGUCCCUUCACCUGGAAGUUCAGUACGAGGCCUGUGAGCUGAUUAAAGAUCUUAUGAAGUAUGAUGUCCAGCACUCAUUGCUGCAGGGUAUGGUGGGAUUGCUAAAACCAACCAAGGAUGAAAUCAGGGACAGCUCAGAAGCAAUGCUGUCAGAUCCUGAUGCUCCUCAGCUCCAGGCCCCUCUCCCCAUAUUUGUACAACAAGCAGCAGCUGCCAAGAUGAUUGGAAUUCUCGCUAAAGAAUCAGCCAAAACAGCAGAAAGUCUUGUACAGCUUCGCACUGUUCACGGUCUCCUUUUUGCCAUGGGAAACACUCAACAUGCUGAUAGUCAGAGACAAGCAGGCAUCGCUUUGGAGUUCUUUGUUCGAUCAUUUCCUCUUGUGAACGAUCGUGUCCGCGAGGCCCUCGGUGACACGUUUUAUGAAGAGUUCAUGUCUCACCCAGACACUAUGUAUGUCAGCAUGACAGCUAUACAGGCUGAUGUGUUAGUGUCCAACAAAGUCAACAUACCAGGAGGUAAUGAUGUCCGACAAGUUUUACCCGCUGUGAGAACAAUUUUGCCUGCUGUGAUCGAAACGAAAGAAUAACGUGUGAGGUUUUCUAGGGAAGGCACAACGUCAGGAUUAAAGAAGAGACCAUCUUGUUGUUUUGUUUUUAGCGCAUUGUAAUACUCACCUUUCCUGUAAAUACUAGAGAAUGAUAAGUAGGUGCCUUAUAUUUAUGACGUAACUGUAUUCGUGUCUUAGUGAACUGUGCUUAUCUGCAUAAUAAAACUUUGAAAAAUCUCAA